UUUUCUACCUGCUUUUCUCUAUUUAUACAUUUCAUAUGGAGUUGGAUGACGUAACGGUUGUGUAUAAAUGAAGAAGUAGACUGCUACAAGAUCAGCAAAUAGCUCCAGAAUCCGACAAGAGCAGUCAUGUUUCGUGCAGUAUUCCUUCUCACUCUCCUGGCUUGUGCCUUAGCCGACUCUGAUAACGGAUGUUAUGGAGGUGACUGUUACACUACUUAUGGGGGAUGCACUGGCCAUGGUUGCAAUUACGGAAUCACCCAUCGUGGAAACGGAGGCGUAAGCAGUACCAUGAUUUCAACAGGUGGUGGUCCUGGAAGCUCUUUCUUCGGAUUUGGAGGACCGGCAUCUGCCGCAUCUGGAUCAGCAGCGGCUGGACCAAGUGGGGCUGCCUCAGCAAGUUCUGCUGCCGGUGGAAUUUUCGGUGGAUCUGCUGCUUCUUCCGCUGCUGCCGCCGGUGGAGCCGGUUUCUUUUCUGGAGCCCCCAACAAUUUUGGCGAUGAUUUCGGUAUCAAUGGAUUUCAAAGCUUCCAAAACUUCGGAAGCGGAGGUAGUGCCGCAGCUAGUGCUGCAGCUGCUGGUGGAUCAGCUGCUGCAGCUGCUGCCGCUGCAGCUGGUAGAGCAGCAUCUGCAGCUUCUGCAGCCUCAGGAUCAAGACCUUCUUUUGGAUUCCCUGGAGGAUUUCCAGGAGGAUUCCCUGGAGGUUUCCCAGGAGGAUUCCCUGGAGGUUUCCCAGGAGGAUUCCCUGGAGGUUUCCCAGGAGGAUUCCCUGGAGGUUUUCCAGGAGGAUUCCCUGGAGGUUUCCCUGGAGGUUUCCCUGGAGGAUUCCCUGGAGGAUUCCCAACAUUCCCAAGAUUUCCAACAUUCCCAAGAAGAUUCCCAACAUUCCCAGGUCCCUAUAGUCGCCGUGUCUAUCCAUCUAUCUACAGACCCAAGAGUCACAAACGAAAGGUAUAUUAAGAAAACCUUUCAAGACAGUCCACAUCCGGGUACGAUUAGCAAUGUAAACAGUAUUAAUGUAAAUAAAUAUUUUAUACGGCAUUUAA